AACAAAAAGCUGAAUUUAAAAUGGUGCAAAAUAAGUUAUGUUGGCUGUACAGACACUAGAUCCGGGAAGGUGUUUCUCCUGUUCUAACAGGUACAUCACAAUCCCUUCCUUAUCAGUUAAGUGACGAACAGAAUUUCAACUAGUGUCCAAAGAUAAAUGCGCCGAAGGUUAAAAUGCAGCGCAGCUCAACGUAGGGACCCAGUCAGUAUUCCCACUGCCUCAGCAGCGACAGGACAGGAGGCACAUUUGAUCCGCAAAGGGGAGGACAUGGAAAAUGAAAACAAGAAGAGCAUUAAAGAGAGGUUUGCUCUGAGGAACAGCCUGGUGAAGGAAGCAUUAGCAGAAUUCCUUGGAACAUUUCUGCUCAUUCUUUUCGGCGUCGGGUCAGUUGCCCAAACUGUCCUGAGCAGAGGUUCCAUGGGAGAUCCACUCACUAUACACAUUGGCUUUACACUCGCAGUCACCAUGGCUGUGUAUGUGGCGGGAGGAGUUUCAGGCGCUCACAUAAACCCUGCUGUCUCUCUGGCGAUGUGUGUGCUGGGGAGGCUGAGCCUCUGUAAAUUCCCAGUCUACGUCGUGUCUCAGUUCCUUGGUGCUUUUAUUGGUGCCGCAGCAGUCUAUGGACUUUAUUAUGAUGCCUUCCUGGAUUAUACAGGUGGAGUGCUGACAGUUACUGGCCCCAAUGCAACAGCACACAUUUUUUCAUCCUACCCUGGUAAACAUCUUUCAAUCUUAAAUGGAUUUAUAGAUCAGGUUAUAGGAACUGGUGCAUUGCUCCUCUGCAUCCUUGCCAUCUUGGACAACAAGAACAAGGGCGCCCCGAAAGGAAUGGAGCCCUUGAUGAUUGGUCUCAUCAUCAUGGUUAUCGGGGUCUCCAUGGGCCUGAACUGCGGCUAUCCAAUCAACCCAGCGCGUGAUCUCGGCCCCAGGCUCUUCACUGCCAUAGCAGGGUGGGGCACUGAAGUUUUCAGCGCUGGAAGCCACUGGUGGUGGAUUCCUGUGGCUGGGCCGCUGGUUGGAGGGAUGGUCGGAGCUGUGAUCUAUGUGCUCUUCAUCGAGCUUCACCACGCGGACCCUCAGAAGACUCCAGAAGCAGAAAACAGCAUGAAGGAUAAAUAUGAAAUGAUUGCAAUGAGCUAAACUCCCCAGACACCAAGAUCAGACCCAAGGAAAAUUCAGCUGUGACAAUCAUAACAAACAGGUUCAUCCUCAUGUGAGCACUGUCCCCUAUUUUACAAGUCUGGGUAUAGCAUUCCCUUUAUCCUGCUGCCAGAGACACUUGGGGAGAAAAAGGGAGUCUAUAGGAGGCUGUGUGGUCCAGUGGUUAAAGAAACGGGCUUGUAACCAGAAGGUCCCCGGUUCAAAUCCCACCUCAACCACUGACUCAUUGUGUGACCCUGAGCAAGUCACUUAACCUCCUUGUGCUCCGUCUUUCGGGUGAGAUGUAAUUGUAAGUGACUCUGCAGCUGAUGCAUAGUUCACACACCCUAGUCUCUGUAAGUCGCCUUGGAUAAAGGGAUCUGCUAAAUAAAUAAACAAACAACAGCCUAGUUCUACUGAUUUAUCUGACAAAAUAUUAGCUUGAUUGGACUGAGAUCUAGUGAGUGAGCUGGUCUGUGCAUUAAGAGCCCCUGGCCUAUGCUCUCAGUUGCUCUCUGCAUUGUUGGAGGGGAAAAAUUUAAUCAGGGUUGAGGUCAAUUCCCUUUUAAUUUGACAUAGGCUUUAUUGAGCAAACAUACAUCCAACUUGACAAACACACGUGCAACUUGUAAACAGCACAUGGAAUUACACAAUAACGUGUGUUUGCUCAAUGAAGCCUCUGCCGUAAAUGGAACUGGAAUUGAUUCAUAGGGAAUUUAACCCAAUCCUGAAUGUCCUCAUUCCCAUCAGCAUUGCAGGCUGAACAGCAUCUACCAACACAGUCCAGUAUCACUGCCUCCCAGUCCAGCACUGUCCAGUCGCUGUAUCUCAGCUGUUAUCGCUGCAAAGGUUGCCCACCUUGGUAAAAGGGACUAGCACAAGGUGUUCAUUUUUUGGCAGGUGAAUCUGUGUAUAUAGAGCUUACAAUGUGCUGUUUUGUUUGCAAUGUUUCCACUGCUUCUGUUGUAUUUAUUUGAAGAAAUGUUGGGGGAACAACCCAAAGUCUUUUCGAAGUUAGUGAUUAUCAGCAGAAAUUGGCUGUCCGCUUCUUUUCUUGUAAUAGCACUUUAAAUUAAGAAACAUAGCUGUUUUUCAAUAAAUUAAAACAAUUGUAGUGUAUUAGAAUCUGCUUUAUUAACUUAAAAAAUACAGUGUCACAUAUGGUUUAAACAAUAAAAUAUAAAAUCUAAGGUUGUUCCUAUGAAAUGUUAUUAGUAUAGUAUAACCGUUAUUCAUUGAUAAUGACUUGAAGUAUCAGCAAGGCAUACUGGUUAGUGGCAGGUGCGGUAGGUUUCAAGGGGUGGGGAAGCUGGUGCAGCUCAUCCCUCGUAAGCAAACUGUCAGCAAUGUGUGAUUGCUGCUGUACAGCUCAGACUGUGGAAGAAUGCAGUAAACAAACACCAGGGAAUUAUAUCUUAGUCUUGAACUGCAGCUUUAUAUCGCUGGCCAUUGCCCAUGCUCAUUGUCUGGCAACAAGCACCAUGUGAAGAAUACAGCAGGGGAGCCAGCUGAUGUAAAGUUGAUUUACAGAUACAAGUAAUAUGCAGGGUAGGAAAUCACUGUGGCAGCUGAAAUGAAUGGUUGGCUUUGUAAUGCCACUACUUCAUAGAAGGUACACAUUUUAUAUAUGACUACUCUAGUUUUGUUUGUGUGUUUUUUAAAGGAGUGAGCACAAAUGUCCUAGAGCCAUUUUCUGUUACAAAGAAAUGUUUAAUUUAAAUUGUAUAUUAGCAUACGAGAUAUAGAUUUAUUUAUUGUUUACCUAUUUUAAUGAUUUUUUUUUCAUAUUGUGCUGUGUAUCUUGAUUAAAAAAGAGAGUUUUUCAGGUGAUGUAUAAAUCAUAUUAAGUAGAAUGCAUGCUUUAAAAGAUACUGUGUGAUUUUGUAAAAUGCACCCAUCUUUGUUUGUGCACUAUAAUCUGAGUUAUGCCAUUCAAAACAAAAAGCACUCGUCUUGUUUU